UGUUAUUUAUUGACUCAAAAGGAAACCUUAAACUGAAUAAUCUACUCUCAAACUUUCUUCUGUACACUUCCAACUUCUAAGAGUACGUACUCUACACUGAUCAAGAAUGGAUAUUUUUGGAAACUACAAUUUCGACACACUAAUUCCUACACAGUCAACUUCUUUGUUGCCAGCUGAAUCUUCAACUUCGUCUGAUAGUUGCAGCUCAGGGACACUUAAUUAUUCUGAUGAAGAAGUGAUGUUAGCUUCGAACUAUCCAAAGAAACGUGCAGGUAGGAAGAAGUUUCGUGAAACUCGACAUCCAGUAUACAGGGGAAUAAGGAGGAGGAAUCGGAAUAAGUGGGUUUGUGAAGUAAGAGAACCCAAUAAAAAAUCAAGAAUCUGGCUUGGCACAUUUCCAACUGCAGAAAUGGCCGCUCGAGCUCAUGACGUGGCGGCUAUAGCUCUAAGAGGCCGGUCUGCUUGUUUGAAUUUUGCUGACUCGGCUUGGAGGCUACCCAUCCCAGCUUCAGCGGCCGCCAAGGAUAUCCAGAAGGCGGCCGCUGAAGCCGCCGAAGCAUUUCGGCCAGUAGAAUCAGACGGAGAAAACUCUAGGGAAAUUAUUGUUGACCAAGUCAUACAAGAGGUGGUUGCAGAAUUGCCAGAUAAUGUGUUGUUUUUGGACGAGGAGGCGCUUUUUUACAUGCCGGGAUUACUUGCGAAUAUGGCCGAAGGGCUAAUGUUACCUCCACCUCAAUGUAUUAUAGACGGAUAUGGAAUGGAAGCUGACCAUGCUGACAUUUCUCUGUGGAGCUAUUGAUCAAUUUAAUUAGCAAAUAGUUGUUGAGACUAAUUUUGAGUAGUUUAGUUCCCUGUAAGUACAGUCAAAUUAUAAUGCAAUGGAAAAUUGAGUAUACCAAUCCCUUUUUUCUGUGGA